AUUAGUGACAACCUUAAAUACCUCGUUACAAAAAAUUAUCCUCGAACUUCAAUUUUACCCUAAAAUGUAUCAUGUUUUAUAAAAGCUCCUUUAAUCAGUGGAUCUUGCAGAGACGAAGAUUAAAGACUUACUAAAGAAGAGAGCAUAACUGAAGCUCAGAUAUGAUUUUAGACGCAAAGUGAGCUUGAAACGACUGAUCAACGUCGUCGCGUUAAUUACACCGGGAAUAGUAAAGUGAUUAGCGAUGGGUUAAUUGAAGCUUCUACCAAGGGUCGAACGUUACAGAAACAAGCAUCGUAACUCGACAUCCACACUGAACGUUGUGGAUCUUUUACUAUUUCUUACUUCGUUUCUUCGUUCUUUAUUUAAACCAUUAAUUUACCUUAUUUCAUCGUUUAUUUAAACUCUCUCAAAAUGCCCGGAGGUGUCGUAUUUCUAGUCUGCAUACCCACGUACAGUUACGAACACGAGUUGAUCUUCGGUGAACCCCUAAAACGAACCAAAAGGAACGAUAAACAAGAAACAUCCGUAAUAGGACCGAAGGUGGAUCUACGUUUAAGAGAAACAAAAACGAGGACUCAGUUACUGACGCUGGAUGACGACGACGAGUUAGAAAGCAUCGUCGAAGUUAAUGAUGAUGGCAGGAGACAUGUGCGAAGAGGACUCACUUCCGGACGAGAGAGGAACCCAGUUUUUGUGUCCAUGGAAACGGUUUUGGGUGAGUUGCUGAAGAAGCUAAAAGUAGAGCACGUGGUGUGGUGCAAAGACAAAGAGGACAUGUACUACGAGGUGAUAUUUCCGGUACCAGCUGGAGAACCCUGCGAGAACUGUCUGCAUUGCCUAACAGAAAUGGGGAUCGGUGUAAAAAUGAACUCCAUAGUAAGUGUGAUUCCUACGCAGUGCACGUACAGUGGCAUUGGUAGUGUGACUACUUCUGCGGCCAUCAAGGAUGACAUAGCUCGAAGACGAAAGGAGUCGGAAGAUAGGAAGAAUGCUUGGAAAGCUUUUGUGGAGUCGAUACGGUCGAAAUUGACGGUGAAACAGGUUGUGGAUGGCGUUCGUAGUGGUGGAGAUCUCACGUUCGAUUAUGUGUUACUAGUACUCACAGCUGAUUGUCUGGCCGCACUGGGUCUCAUCGAAAACAGCGCAACAAACGUUGUCGCCGCCAUGUUGGUCUCUCCCUUAAUGGGUCCCGUAAUGUCGCUAACCUUCGGCACCAUCAUAGCCGACAGAAAUCUUCAAUGUGUCGGCUUGAAGAGCCUGCUGCUCGGAAUAUUCGUCUCGAUCCUCUUUGGCUUCAUAUUUGGACUCAUUCUGGGCACCACCGAAAUGCCUUGGGGUUACAAUGAUUGGCCCACCGACGAGAUGAAAGGCAGAGGCAACUAUAGAUCACUCUGGAUGGGUGUAUUGUGGGCUCUGCCGUCAGGUACAGGUGUAGCGGUAGCUCUGUUGCAAGGAAGUAAUGGUCCUCUGAUCGGUGUCGCCAUUUCCGCUUCUUUACUGCCUCCAGUAGUGAAUUGCGGGCUAUUUUGGGCUCUAGGAUGUAUAUGGUUAAUUUAUCGACCAAUUAAAAUGCCACAUAUGAAAGGAGAGUCGUACACGGACUACAACACCUCGUACGUCUACGUCUACACUGAUUAUCUACCAGUCGAAUUUUUCUGCAAUGGCAUAAUCAGCGCGUGUUUGACGUUUAUCAACGUGAUGUGCAUAUUUAUCACUGCGAUUAUUGUGCUGAAGAUCAAGGAAGUGGCUGCACCGUACACAUCUACACCGGAACUGCGACGUUUUUGGGAGCACGAUAUCCGGCUGGUUCGUGAUAAGAAUAUUUCACGAGAUAACAGCUCGCUAGACUCGAGUUUUUACGAAGGUCUAAGCAAAACGAAACAACGCGCGUUAGAACAGACGCUCAACGAGGCGGUGCGCGAGGCGACGGAUGACGAAACGUUCCGCGAAGUGCAAAGACUGAGCUACGGCCAACACGGUCCGGAAGAGUUCACGCCAAAACUCGGUCGCCACACCAUUGGAGGUGCAAGCAACAUUAUAAACACUGAACACAAAGAGAAAGCUGUAAUCGACGGUUUUCAUCCACCGGACGGAUUAGAAAAUUCCGGCAGUACGAACGAGGAUUUGGCCGCUCUUGAUCGGUUGGUUACGUGCCUUCUUGGACAAUCGAGCAACGCCAAUUCUGUGAACUUGGAUUCUUGGCGCCGUUCCCGUCGAGCAAGUUCACGAGGUUACAGACAAUUACGCAGCACGGGUGCCGCUGCCGAGGCAGGCGAAAUUGGCUCCAACGUCGACACAACGCCACUUUAACUCCAAAAUUCGAUAAAUAAAAACUGAUCCAUUGAAUUCGUAUGCACGUAUGUAGGCACAGAUGGUGGUCAACCAGCACGGAUAUUGUAUACGUUCCCGGGUAUAACACAAAUUUGGUUAAAGAUAUAUGGAAUUACUGCAUUCGAUUUAUAACAACAGAGAUUAAAUAAUUACGUAGAUUCGUGGAUCAGAUCCUCUUG